AUGUUUGAUGCUGCAGAUUCUGUUUUACAUCUAAAACUGGCAUUAGAAAAGGUCGCAGAUGAUCAUAAGGAUGUUGUUAAAGUAAAUAUAGUAAAAAUAAUUACCUCUCGUGGAUUUUUCCAUGACGUGGACGAAAAUUUCAGACCAAACAAGGUACUUAUUCAACGGCAUUUGUUAAAAAUCGGGUUACACCUUGUAUAUGCUGAAUCUAAUUCAAGACAAAAUAAUGAUGAUAUUCAAAAAUUAAUUGAUGAAUCAGCAUUUUUUGAAAUUGAAAAUGAUAAUGAUGAUCAUGAAGGUGAAGGUGGUUAUGAAGAAUAUUUUGAAGAAGUUGAAAUUCCAAAGCAUAAUGUAUAUAUAUUAAUCGAAGAAUAUGUUGAUUUAGCAAUUUUGGAAAAUGAUGAAUAA